GCGGAAUUUUGGUGAUAAGCGACCCGCUCUUGCACCGCCUAAAGUCUUAGUUUCAUUCCGUAUAUCGGUGGAAAAACAUUUUGCGACAGCUCACUAGCAAAUCCAUCAGGCAGUUCUUUUUGGGGCCGCAGUCUAUCAAAAUGGGAGCUGUUAGGAAAAUUAAGACGAAGCGCAGGACCAGAGAUUAUGAUCAGGUCCGGGCUGAUAUCGCGUCCGCGAGACACCUUGAACUAUACAAAGCUACGAAAGACGAAGAGGACCUCCCCGGUCUAGGAAAGCAUUAUUGCGUCGAGUGCUCCAAAUGGUUUGAGAGCGAGCAUAAUAUGGCCGCCCAUACGAAGGGCAAGAACCACAAGAGAAGACUUCGCAUCUUGCGCGAAGAGGCACACACACAGAAGGCUGCUGAGGCUGCUGUCGGCUUGGGUACAGACAAUGGUGUGAGGUCGCAAGAGACCACCGAGAUGGUCAUUAUGGAGGAUUAGAUUCUCGCCAUGAAGUGAAAUUGCCUAUCGCAGUGCUCUCUCGACUGUCACUGCGAUGCAGGAUAGCCCCAAGAGCAUCGACAAGAGCUCUGCUGGCAACACAUCUACUCUAAAUGGGCUUGAAAAAAAUUUUCGCGCAUCUACGCCGUUUUGACGUCGUUGUUUCACGGACGAUAUUACUGGCUGCAUGUCGACGAAAGAAUCACCCAAUCAGCGAUGGGCCAAAAUCGCUGGAUAACACGUGAAACCACAUGCGCCGAAAACCGCCAGUGGGGGUGGAAAGUUCCCGGAUACGCCGGUUUCGUUCUGCGGUAAAACCAUUAUAACUGCCGUUUCUCGGAGCCCCCAUCUAGCUUGGCCCCACAUUAUCAGACACGGCUCCUUUAGGACGAAUUUAAUUACGAGCUGCAAUAUUACACAGCACUUCAAUAUUGAGA